GCCCAGUUCUUCCCACCUUCGAACGGCCGCGCGCGUUUCACUUUGGAGCCGACAAAUAUUUGCAAAAAGCAAAAAAAUUGUGAACGAAAAUCGCUCGUAAAUUGAUCAAAUUUGUGCGCAAAUUUGAAAUAUAAUGGCAGAUUUCUUAACGACGAUAUCUAGUGCGAAAGAUUGGCCCGAAAAUUGGAAAGAUUUGCAGGUAUUUUUGUUGCAAAAGUGCUUUUGAUAGGCAGCUAGUGGUGGUAACAUUUUGCGGUAGUCAAGUACUUCACUGAUUUGACUCCUUGUGGUAUUAAUGCUAUAAUGUUAUUAAAUUUACGUUAAACGAUCAAAACAAGUAAAGUUUUGUCAAAGAUAUUGUAAAUUAUUCAAUGAAAACUUCACAAUAUGAUAGCAAUCACUGAUACAAUAUAAAACGUACCAUUCAAAUCAUACAUCCCCCCCCUCCCCCGAUAAAAAUCCCUGAUCAUAAACCCCCUGGCCAGCCUUUGCUAUUUUGCACCGCACCAGCUUUACUCUUUAACGCUGCCUAUUGCCUGAGAAUUUUACUCGUCAGGGGGAGCGUGCAGCCACUCAAUUGAUUAACCCAUUGGCGAAUAAAAUUGUCUGGCAUUAGACAGAGUAAGUGCACACAUGGUCACAUAUGGAAUGCAAUGCAACUCAUUGAGUUAAGUAGACACAUGGGCAGACUGAGCUGGUGCACUCUCCUUUGGCAAGUAAAAUCAUCUGGCAUUAUAUGGAUUGAGUAAAAUAAUAAAGUAUUGGGGCGCGGUAGAACUUAAUCGCUUAAAUGACCAAAAUAAGGAAAGUCUUGUCAAAGAUUUUGUAAAAUAUAUAAUUAUUUCACAAUAUCCAAUACAAUCACUGAGUCUUCUAUAUAUAAAAUUACCUGGUGUUAGACAGAGUAAAAUAAUAAAGUAUGGCACAUUUGGACGCACAUUGCAGGUUAUUGGAAUAUUGGGUUAAUAUUGCUGCUCUACAUUGCUUUUUAGACAAUUGACAGUUUAUUACGAUGUUCAAUCUGUGGUGAAUUUUUCAAAAAUACAACUUUUAUUCCGUCAUGUUCUCACAACUGUAAGUGCCAGGAAGACUAAUAUUAUAAUAAUUAUAAUAAUAAUAAUUACAGUAUCUCAAACGUGGUGGUCCAGUGUAGGUAGUGUUCUACAAUAAGCUGCCGUGGUUUGUAUCUGAACUACCUGAAAUUGAAAAAGAUAUCUCAAACGUGGUGGUCCAGUGUAGGUAUAGUAUUCUACAAUAAGCUGCCAUGGUUUGUGUCUGAACUACCUGAAAAAGAUAUCUCAAACGUGGUGGUCCAGUGUAGGUAGUAUUCUACAAUAAGCUGUCGUGGUUUGUGUCUGAACUAUCUGAAAAAUAUACUCAAACGUGGUGGUCCAGUGUAGGUAGUAUUCUACAAUAAACUGCCGUGGUUUGUGUCUGAACUACCUGAAAGAGAUAUCUCAAACGUGGUAGUCCAGUGUAGGUAGUAUUCUACAAUAAGCUGUUGUGGUUUGUGUCUGAACUACCUGAAAAAGAUAUCUCAAAUGUGGUGGUCCAGUGUAGGUAGUAUUCUACAAUAACCUGUCGUGGUUUGUGUCUGAACUACCUGAAAAAUAUAUCUCAAAUGUGAUGGUAAAUAUAUUUAUAAACAUUUCCUUUUAAAACUUCAGAUUGUUCGCUCUGUAUCAGAAGAUCUUUACCUGGUAAUUCCAAAUGUCCGAUAUGUGGCGUUGUAAGUGAACAAUUUAAACUGUCGCAUUCUAAUGUCUUGCAGAUUUCAUCUCAGAACAAGUAUUUUAAUUUAAAACUAAAUAACAAUUCAAAUAUUUUUAGAACGUUCAAGAGUCGCAGUUAGAGAACAACAGAAUUAUCGAUGAAAUUGUAAAAAGCUUUGUCAAGAUUCGUAGUCGAUUGUUGGAAGUCGUUAAGAAUAGUUGUAGCGACAUUAAUAAACCACAGGUUAAGAAAAAGACAGAAUUAGGCAAGGCAGUUAAGAAGAAAGAUGACAGCAAAUCAAGAUUUUUUACUAAAAAGGUCAGAUUUUCAC